CCUGUCCCUCCAGGCAGUCUCUGUUGUUCUGCCCCUGAGCACAGUUGGAGCCUACAGGAGGAGAUGCCAUGACCUUCACCUUCACAGCCCUGCUCUGUCUGGGACUGACUCUGGGCCUCGGGACCCCAGUGCUGACAGGGGCCCUUCCUAAACCUGUCAUCAGAGCACAGCCACAUUCUGUGGUCUCCAAGCAGAAUAAGGUGACUUUCCUGUGUGAGGGAGCCAUAGAAGCCAAAGAGUAUAGAUUUUAUAAAGAACCAUACCAAAAUCCAUGGCAGAGAGAGAUUUCACCGAAUCCUAAGAACAAGAAUGAAUUCUCAAUCUCAAAAUUAGACUAUCAAAACGCAGGGCGAUAUCGCUGUCGAUAUCGGACCCUUAAGGGAUGGUCAGAGUACAGUGACUCCCUGGAGCUGAUGGUGACAGGAUUCUACAGUAAACCCAGGCUGUCAGCCCAGCCCAGCCCUGAGGUGACUGAAGGAGGGAAUGUCACCCUCCAGUGUGUUUCAUGGCAGGCACAUAACUGUUUCAGUCUGACUAAGGAAGGACCACAGCAGCUGUCCCAGACACUGGACUCACGGUGUAGCACCUAUACUUGGCAGUACCAGGUCCAGUUCUUUGUGGGCCCUGUGAUCUCCAGUCAAAGGUGGAUAUUCAGAUGCUACAGCUUUGACAAGAACAGUCCUCAGGUGUGGUCAGAACCUAGUGACCCCCUGGAGUUCCUGGUCUCAGGGACCCUCCACAAACCCACCAUCAAGGCUGAGCCAGGAUCUGUGAUGACCUUUGGAAGUCCCAUGGACAUCUGGUGUCAGGGGACCCUGGAUGCAGAAAUCUAUGUUCUGCAUAAAGACGGAAGCCAAAUGCCCUGGGAUACACAGACCCCAGAGAAUCUGGAGAACAAGGCCAAGUUCUCCAUCUCUUCUGUGACUCACCUAGAUGCAGGGCAGUAUCGCUGUUACUGUUACAGUUCAGCUGGCUGGUCAGAGCGCAGUGACACCCUGGAACUGGUGGUGACAGGACUCUACAGCAUUAAACCCCAACUGACAGCCCUGCCUAGCCCUGUGGUGACUUCACGAGGGAACAUGACUCUCCAAUGUGUCUCAUGGGUGGGAUAUGACAAGUUCAUUCUCACCAAAGAAGAUCAGAAGUUCCUCAGCUCCGUGGACUCACAAUAUAUACACAGUACUAGGCAGUACCAAGCCGUGUUCUCUAUAGAUCAUGUAACACCAGAUCACAAAGGGACAUUCAGAUGCUAUGGUUACUACAAUCAUACCCCACAGCUGUGGUCAGUACCCAGUGACCCCCUGGAAAUACACAUCUCUGGGCUGUCUAAGAAGCCCUCCCUGCUGUCUCACCAAGGCCAUAUCCUGGAUCCUGGAAAGAGCCUCACCCUGCAGUGUUUCUCUGACAUCAAAUAUAACAGAUUUGUCCUGUACAAAUUGGGGGGAGCUGACUUCAUUCAGCAAGAUGGCCAGUGGACUCAGUCUGGUCUCUCCAUUGCCAACUUCACACUGGGCUCUGUGAGCAGCUCUACUGGAAGCCAGUACAGAUGCUAUGGUGCACACAACCUCUCCUCUGAGUGGUCAGCCUCCAGUGACCCCCUGGAUAUCCUGAUCUCAGGACAGUUUCAGGUUAUUCCUUCCCUCUUAGUGAAGCCUAACUCCACGGUACACUCUGGAGACAACGUGACCCUGUUGUGUAAGACAGCAUACAAAGUGGACACUUUCAUUCUGUCCAAGGAGGGAGCAGCACACCAACCCCAGCGUCUAAAACCAAAGUCACAAGCUCGGGAGAUCCAGGCAGAAUUCUCCAUGAGUGCUGUGACCUCUGACCUCUCGGGCACCUACAGGUGCUAUGUUUCUCAAGACUCAUCACACUACCUGUUGUCAUAUGCCAGUGCCCCUGUGGAGCUCACUGUCUCAGGACCCACUGAAGCCUCUAACCCACCACCCUCAAGGCCUAUGCCAGCUGGACUGGAAAGAUACUUGCAGGCUCUGAUCGGAGUUUCUGUGGCCUUCCUCCUGUUCCUCUUUAUCCUUGUCUUCCUUCUUCUUCGACGAAAACAUCAGGGCAAAUUCGGGAAGAAAGCCCGGGAAGAGACAGAAUUGCAGCUUCCUGCAGGAACUGCAGCGCCAACAGCCAGAGAUAGGGGCCCCCAGAAGAGAUCCAACCCAGCUGCUGCCACCCAGGAAGAAAGCCUUUAUGCUUCAGUGGAGGACAUGAAAUCUGAGGAUGGUGUUGAGCUGGACAGUUCGAGACCACCUGAAGUAGACCCCUCGGGAGAGACAUAUGCCCAGGUGAAACCCUCCAGGUACAGGAGGGCAGAAGCCCUCCUACCUUCUGUCCUGUCAGGAGAAGUCCUGGAAACAAAAGAUGGAAACGAAACAGAAGAGGGCAGAGAGAUGGACACUCAGGCUGCUGAUUCAGAGGAGCCCCAAGAUGUGGUCUAUGCCCAGCUGUGUAGCAGGUCGCUCAGACAGGGGACAGCUGUACCUCCCCGCUCCCAGGCAGGGGAAGCCAUGGAGGAGCCCUGUGUAUAUGCUGCCCUGGCAGUCACUCGACCAGGUUCUGUUCCCGAUGACAAGGGGCAAUGACCUCCGCCUGCCAAGAGUCCUAACAGAGACCUCCAGAAAUUCUGGGAACCCUUGCAAACCU